GCCCGGGGAGUGGGAGAAGAAGAAGAAGAAGACGGGGGGAAUAAAGACUUGAAGACAGCGAGCGGAGGACAGAGGGAAGAGAGGAGAGGACAGUGUGCCCUCCCCCUCCCCCUGUCUGUCUGUCUGUCUGUGUGUCUCCUCUCCGGGCUGUCACAGCACAUUUGGACUCCGACGGAGCGACACCGCGUCCAGUCCAGACCGCAUGGGGUAACAGGCGCUUCUGUGUGGACGCAGAUAUUUCCUGGAGCCAUGUCGUCUUUUUGGGGAACGCUGUAGUACAUAUGCCAGGACCGUACCAACAAACAGAAAAGAAGAUGUCGUACACAGAAUAAACAAAGUCAGGGGAAAGAAAGGCAAAUAAGGCGUUUGUUCAGCAACACAGAUGAACAACAGGAAGGAGGACAUGGAGAUCUCCUCUCACUACCGUCAGCUCCUCAGAGAGCUCAAUGAGCAGAGGCAGCACGGCAUCCUCUGCGACGCCUGUGUCAUCGUGGAUGGAAAGAUCUUCAAGGCCCACAAGAACGUCCUCCUGGGCUCCUCACGCUACUUUAAGACUCUUUACUGCCAGGUAAAGAAAGGGGCGGAGCCUCACCACCAGACGACUGUCACUCACCUGGACAUCGUCACAGCGACGGGAUUCAAAGCCAUCUUGGAUUUCAUGUACUCAGCGCACCUAGCUCUGACCAGUAAGAACGUGAUCGAGGUCAUGUCGGCCGCCAGCUACCUGCAGAUGACCGACAUCGUCCAGGCGUGUCACAGCUUCAUCAAGGCUGCGCUGGACAUCAGCAUCCGCUCUGAGAUGGCUGAUGAAAUGGCUGACUUUGAAAUGGGAGCUGUGGCUGCUGUCGGCAUCGGUGGAGGAGGCGCUGGAGGUGGAGGAGGAGUGAGCUUAGCGGGAACAGGGAACAUUGUGGGAGCCACGUUAGGCGGAGGAGGCGGGGGAGGAGGAGGAGGAGGCGGAGGAGGCGGGAUCAUGGGCAUAGCUUCCGAAGCUCUCGCCUCCAUCAUGUCCGGUCGCAGCACCUCCCCUUGGCUGGCACGACGCACCAGCCCAGCCAACUCUUCUGGGGACUCGGCCAUCGCCAGCUGCCACGAGGGAGGCAGCACGUAUGGCAAGGAGGACCAAGAACCUCCCAAGAGCCACGAGAGCCAGGAGGAAGCCUGUCACGACUCUCAGCCUGCCUGGCCACAUGACUACAGGCCCAUUACCGUCAAAGAGGAACAGGUUUCCCCCAACUCCUCCUCUCAUGCCAGGGGGAGAGCACAGAGCCAGGGAGAGCAAGGGAGUGGAGGAGCCGCAGGAGGAGGUGGGGAGGGACCCUGGCAACCCCUGUCAGGGUCAGGGCGGAGGAAGAACAGGAAGAACAAGGACACGGUCAGACAUAUUACCCAGCAGGCUGAGAGUAAGUGGGACAGAGACCGAGACAGGGAGAGAGACAGGGACAGUAGGCCUGGAUCUCCUCUGCCCUCCAUGUUGACAGUGGCUGGAUGGAACUACAGCGGACAGGACAUCCCAGGUAAACAACACCCUACAAACCUACUCUGUUUUCAGACUUGGUUCAAAAGAAACACAGCUGCUCUCCUGUGGCUGCCAUGAUGGAUGCUUGAUGUUGUCGUCGUGUUAAGCCCGCCCCUAGCAUGCCAGGGGAAAAUACUCACUUGUGAUUGGCUCCUUUUUUUAGGCUACGUUGUGUUUUUGGUAACUUCAGCCUCGAUAACAAAGCGCUUGAUGAAAAGAGUGGACACUUAAUCUGGGAUACAUUUUAUUAGCUGGGUGUCAUUGUAC